AUGCCACCUCUGUCAACUGGACUGCAUGCACAAAGCAAUGAUCAGCAAGAUAUCUACACUGAUUCUUCAGAAUUGUUUGGAGUUCUUCGCAAUCUUCUUGGGCAGCCAAACGUUCCAAAUCAAGUACCUUCAACUGUCAUCAGCUGUGCAAAAAAUCUGGUUUCAUAUCUUCAGUCACAUAUCUCCUCCGAGUCACACCUUUCGUCGCAUGAACAUAUUUAUCUGCCAUCUACUGUCAACACUAUUUCUACUACGGAUUUAAAUGCUGACAUGUCCUCGGUGGAUGUUAACCAGCCACAGAAACAGGAUAACAUCCAGCUGAACCGGAAAACAAGGCUUAGCACACUCUAUACAUAUGGUUCUGCAAAUGCCAUCAUUGAAUAUCCCGAGACCAGUGAACAAGGAGUUGGUUAUCUUAUGCCGGCUGAUCUUACUGGUGAUAGAUUAAAUCCAGCACAGAACUCUGCUUAUUCCUUGGGGCCUCCGAAUGGAAGCAGCACAGCUGGUCCAAAUGGAAAGCCAAUAACAUGCAAACUUCUUACGGACCAAGAUGGAAAUGAGGUCCCAUGUCGUGUUACACACUUUACAUGCCAGGGCAUGAAGAUCUGCCCCUUUGCUGACCAGGAAGCUGCGGUAGCUCCACAUACAAAGCCCUCAAAACAAAUGCUUCAUCAGCGGUUGGCCUUGAUCAAUGCUAUAUCUCGAAGGGACACAUCAUUUCCAUCAGCAGCACUUUUCAAAAAAACAUUGGCUUAUUUUACUGCCCUUCAACGACAAGGCUGCAGGUCUCCGUUAUUUGAAGCAACUCUUCUUACUGGCGAGGAUGCACAGGCUGCCCAAUUACGCCAACAGCAACAAGAAUUAGAAAGUCGCGGACAUCCUGAAAAACUUCACUGUCACGGACGUCUGUUUCUUGACUACACUCAUGAUGGAACCGCGUUCAUUCGGUGCGAGCAUUACAAUGCAGAAAUCAAUCGUGAUCAUUUCAUUGAUUUUACGAUUGGAAAUGGACUGCUUGAUACAGAAUAUUUGGAGGCUCUUCUACAGGGUGACGAACAGGCAUUUUUUGAUUUAGAAUACGAUGCAGCACAGAGAGGAGUUGGUCCACUGAGCAAAUGCACAACAAUCAACAACCAUUCAGUAAUGAAAGUCUGCUGUCCUAAUCCACAUCGUGAUCCAAAUAAUGGGAAACUCGUCAGCGCUCCUUUAAUACAUCUUCCUUGCAAAGUUACAGUUCGCACUUACGAGCCAGUAUCAGAUGAUGAUCUAAAACGGUGUCCUCAGAUACUCAUGGUAGUCCGAGGGGUUCAUAGGCAUCCUAUUCCUAUCCCCACAAAAACGCCUCCAUCGAUACUUCGUAGUAUUUUACAGCUUUUACAGCAAAUGGGGGACUCUUUGCCAGACCUAACACCACGACGCUUAUUGAGACACCCUUUGAUGAAAAGCUUUUUGCAUCAAAGGCUUCCACAUAUUCCUACACCUAUGCUUCUAGAUCUUCACCCAUCACUUUCAAAUCGGGAACAUCUUCGUGUGUAUAUUGAGAAGGUCAAGAACGAAAAGUAUCCAAUGGGAACUGGAUGGGAAGGCCUUCUAAAUUUUAAAAGUCAACAAGAUACCUCAAGCGCUGAUCCAUAUAUUCGAUUUGCUGGUGAACUUCCUGACUUAGGAAAGGUAUGCGAUGAGGAUACCGAAUUAACAACCGAGGAAGCUACCACUCCUCUCCGAGUGGUAAUUUGCAUGCUAAAAAUUAACAGUCACCGACUUUUAAAUGCAAAAUAUAUUCAAAGUGAUAUAGGAUUCAAACGGGUAGUUGGAUGGAAGGAAUUUGAACUAGGUGGACUUGACGAAACUACUGGAUUAAGUGUAACAUACUGUCGUGUCUUUCUUACAAGGCAAACUGCUGAUGCACAUCGGUUUGUUCUUCACCAAAUCGAUGGUAUUGUUAAGCAAGACACUGGACAAAAUCUUAUGUGGCGUCAUAUCCAUUCACCAGUGAAUAAUGCAUCCCAAGCAGUUGGUAUAUGUCAUUUAGCUGUAGACCAACAUGCGGGACAAGCAAAAGGUUAUGGGCAGUACUUCUGUGAUAUUGCACAACAAUACCCUCUAGUAAAAGACAUCCACGAGCCACAUAAAAACAUCCAGGACCUCUCCGAGUAUGACCAUGUGCGGAGAAUACUCCGGCUUUGCAAAAAUCAUUAUUUGCGGAAUAUUCAAUCAUGUGCCGUCCCAGACAAUGUACGUCAAAAAAUGCGAAGCCUUAUGUGUAUAUCACAUCCAACUUGGAAUAUGACAUUACGGGAAAUACGAGAACAAGGAGGAAAGGCAGCAAAUGAUUGGCUGCAUGAUAAGGAGCGUGCAAAGUUUGUCUGGCCAGCUAUUUGUUGGGAGUUUAGCUGUAUACCGCUAGAUAUUUGGAAGGUUGGUGAUAGCACAAGUAACAUUAUUGAGCAGCUUCAUGAAGACGUCAAUCGAGAGGGAAUAACCUGUACUUUGGUUGGAGGUGUGCAGAAAGGCUACCAUUUUGAUUUAUUAAAGAACAGGACCAUUGAGACUGCACACGCUACAGGUGUACGACCUUCCUACCAAAGAGGUCAUAUAAGUGAGAGUGUUAGCAGAAGCAUUUGUCGAAAAAAUGAUCUGUCAUCCAAAAUUUUAUCGCAGCAGGACAGAGCCAUUGAGGGCCGUAAUAAAAAAUUACAAAAGGCUGAGGCUUCCAGAGUUACAGCUACUCAAGAUUAUUUAAACAAGUCUAAUAACGCAACCACCCAUGCACAGGCACAGGCAGCUGCUCGGCGACUUGAAAAGACAGAAACUACUUUUCAAAAAGAGGUAGAAUCAAGCUUAUCACUCGUUGGAACAGGGUCUGGAAAGGUUGGAUUGUUGUUGCCUCGUCGUAGCCCACCUUCAUUGUAA